CUCUCUCUCUCUCUCUUUCUCUCUCUCUAGGUAAUUAAUUACUGCUUAAACGUGUGAACAAGUCGUGACUUAUGUAGUGUCAUUAACAUAUCUAUUACAUACGUAUGUACGUGUGUCGUACCGAGACAUUUCCUCGGAGAAAUAGAGUGAGAUAUGGCGGCGGAGACGACGAAGAGCAACCCGAUCCGGUUCGGCAUCUUGGGGUGCGCGGAGAUCGCACGCAAGGUCGCCCGCGCAAUCGGGCUGGCCCCUAAUGCCGUCGUCGUCGCCGUCGGUAGCCGCUCCCUCGACAAGGCCCGCCGCUUUAUCGCCGACAACGGACUCGACGCCGACGCCGUCCGCGCCUUCGGCUCCUACGAGGCCGUCCUCGAAGACCCCGGCGUCGACGCCGUCUACGUCCCUCUUCCCACCAGCCUCCACCUCCGAUGGGCCGUCGCCGCCGCCGAGCGCGGCAAGCACCUGCUGCUGGAGAAGCCCACGGCGCUCUGCGCCGCCGAACUCGACCGGAUCCUCGGCGCCUGCCGCUCCCACGGCGUGCAGUUCAUGGACAGCACCAUGUGGAUGCACCACCCCCGGACCGCCAAGAUGCGGGAGCUGUUGUCCGAUUCGGCUCGUUUUGGACAGCUAAAGACGAUUCAUAGCUGUUUCUCGUUUGCUGGAAACCCUGCUUUCCUUCAGAAUGACAUCCGUGUGAAGCCCGAUCUCGAUGCACUCGGGGCUCUCGGUGAUGUCGGGUGGUACUGCAUUCGCUCUAUCCUGUGGGCUGCGGAUUAUGAACUGCCAACAAAAGCAAUUGCACUCCAAGGUACAGUGAAGAAUGAAGCUGGUGUCAUUCUCUCGUGUGGAUCAUCUCUUCUCUGGGAAGACGGCAAGGUGGCAACCUUCCAGUGCUCUUUCAUGGCUGAUAUGAUAAUGGAACUCAUAGUUGGGGGGACACAUGGAUCCCUUCGUCUCAGUGACUUUGUGAUUCCGUUCGAGGAGGAGAAAGCUCCAUUUACAUUUGGUUCAGGCUUGUUCUUCAACGAAUUUGUGACCGGAUGGCAACCUCUUCCCAGCACGCAUAUCGUCACGGCUAGUCUACCACAGGAGGCUCUUAUGGUACAGGAGUUCUCAAGGUUGGCAGGAAGCAUCAGAGAUUCUACUGGGAAGCCAGAUGACAAAUGGCCUACCAUCAGUAAGAAGACGCAGCUGGUUCUGGACGCGGUGAAAGCCUCGAUCGAUCAGGGAUACAGACCUGUAGACAUUGUUGGAUGAUGGACGGUCCCUCGAGUCACCUCAUGGAGUAUCACGGAAUGCUUGGCUCGUUUCGAACAGUGUUACGCUGUAAGACUGCUGUUUGAUGAUGUUAUCUUUGACGAACUUUUCUGAUAAUAUUAAGAAUAAAAUGCAACGAACUGGAUUUGUAA